AAAAAAAAAAAACAUGAGUGCUUAACAUAUGUGCUUGCUAGUGCUAGCAGCCAUCCUUACCAAUAUCUCUUUCACCACUCCCAAUAUACAACAAGCAUUCAUUUAAAAAAUAAAAAAUAAAAACCACUCCCACCACCUCAAAAUCUUCCAAAAACACACACACUUUCUGUAAAAAAUAAAAAAAUAAAAAUGGACGGCACAGGAGUGGUGGCAGUGUACGGCAACAACAACAACAACAACAACAACAACGGAGCAACAGCCACCAUAACUGAAACCAACAACAACAAAAAAUCAACAUUCUCCGUAAAAGUCGGGCUAGCCCAAAUGCUACGUGGCGGCGUAAUAAUGGACGUAGUAAACGCAGAACAAGCCCGAAUCGCAGAAGAAGCAGGUGCAUGUGCAGUAAUGGCAUUGGAGCGGGUCCCAGCCGAUAUCCGGGCCCAAGGGGGUGUGGCAAGAAUGAGUGACCCACAAUUAAUUAAGGAAAUAAAAAAUGCGGUGACAAUUCCUGUAAUGGCAAAAGCGAGAAUCGGGCAUUUUGUGGAGGCCCAAAUAUUGGAAGCAAUUGGGGUUGAUUAUAUUGAUGAAAGUGAGGUUUUGACAUUGGCUGAUGAUGUGAAUCAUGUAAGUAAACAGAAUUUUGGAGUGCCGUUUGUUUGUGGGUGUAGGAAUCUUGGUGAGGCUUUGAGAAGGAUUCGUGAAGGUGCUGCUAUGAUAAGAACUAAAGGCGAGGCUGGAACUGGUAACAUAAUAGAAGCAGUGAGACAUGUUAGGUCUGUGAUGGGAGACAUUAGGGUUCUGGCAAACAUGGACGAUGAUGAGGUGUUCACUUUUGCAAAGAAAAUUGCCGCCCCAUAUGAUUUGGUGAUGCAGACUAAGCAACUCGGGCGGCUCCCAGUGGUACAGUUUGCUGCAGGUGGUGUGGCUACUCCAGCUGAUGCAGCUCUGAUGAUGCAGUUGGGAUGUGAUGGUGUUUUUGUUGGCUCGGGUGUUUUCAAGAGCGGUGAUCCUGCUCGUAGAGCACGUGCUAUUGUUCAGGCGGUGACGCAUUACACUGACCCAAAGAUGCUUGCAGAGGUGAGUUGUGGGUUGGGUGAAGCCAUGGUCGGGUUAAACAUUGACAAAAAUGUUGAAAGGUAUGCUAAUCGGUCCGAGUAAUCAAGACUUGCAAGGGGAAGGUUAUAAAUUUGGUUUAUUUAGGUUCUGGGAUUUUAGUAAAAGUGUUUUGUGAUUUAAAACAAACAUUGAUAUACAACUGUGGUUCAAUGUUUUAUUUCUUCACUAUGCAAUCAAAGGUUUGAUUUAAUUA